AUGACUGGUGUUAUUGGCGAUCAGAAUGGCUGUGAGAAAGCUCCUAGGCUCAAGAAUUGGUGGCCGCUGGGCAUCGAUCGCCUGAUACAAAUCUGGACCGCUGAUGCCGACCAGCGCUUGAUGGACCUCUUCACAUUUCAUUUCAGGGAUGUUGGCACUACUUUGGAGCAGAAGUUUUUAGGCACAAUUGCUUUUGGCACCAUAGAGCCUAGAAACCUUGAGGCCAUGAUGUCAUCCCAAGAGAAGGGUGCGACCCUCAGUCAUCCAAUGAUCAAGAACUUUGGAUUUGGUCUUCGUCGUCAGAUAUUUUUCCCGCUUCUCGGCGACGGCAUUUUCACACAGGAAGGUGAACCUUGGAAACAUUCCAGAAAGAUGCUUCAGCCACAGUUUGGCAAACAACAAUAUAACGACCUAGAGAUCUUUCAAGUCCAUAUUACUAAUCUCCUGGAUCGUAUCUCAGAACAUAGCGACCGUGUUGAUCUGCAAUCAUUAUUUUUUCGACUCACGCUCGACACUACAACGGAAUAUCUUUUUGGCAGAUCGGUCAACAGUCUCACUGAGAAGCAGGGCUCAAAAGACAGCAGCUUUGCCGAGGACUUCGACAUUGCGCAAAAUUAUGUUGUACAACGUUUUCGACUACUAGAUUUAUACUGGGUAAUUGGAGGCAGAAAGUUUAGAAAUGCAUGCAACUCGGUACAUCGAUUUAUUGACAGCUUCAUUGACUCGCGCUAUGAGAAGGCGGAAGACAGUCUGGAGGAGAAAAAUCGCUACGGCCUUUUUGAUGCCAUUGCAGAGAGCUCAACGGAUCGAAAGACUCUGAGGGCACAGCUACUAAAUGUUUUACUCGCUGGUCGGGAUACGACAGCUUGUCUCCUUACAUGGACAUUCUAUCACCUUGCUCAACGCCCAGAUGUUCUAUCUCGGCUUAAUGCGGAGAUUGAAACAAAGCUAAAUGGAAGGAUCGAAUUUACUCGGAACGAUCUGAAGAAAAUGGGAUACCUUGAAAAUGUGCUCAAAGAAAUUCUUCGUCUUUAUCCCUCAGUUCCAGUCAAUACGAGAACAGCCCACCGCACAACAGUCUUGCCAGUUGGCGGCGGUCCCGAUCGAAAAUCCCCGGUGCUUAUUCGCAAGGGCGAAAAUGUCGCCUUUUGUGUCUAUGCAAUGCAUCGCCGGGAAGAUCUCUACGGCCCUGAUGCCGAGGCAUUCAGGCCAGAGCGUUGGGAAGAUAAGGAUCUCCCCUUGUUUCAAAACACUAUAAGCAAACUAUGGGGGUAUUUACCUUUCAACGGUGGGCCUCGAGUCUGUUUAGGACAGGACUUUGCAUUGAUCGAGGCAUCAUGCACAGUGAUAAGAAUUCUGCAGAGAUACCCUCAGGUAGAACUAGCAAUGGAGGUCCCCCGGCGGGAUUGGGUUGGCUGGUCCAGCCAUGAGACCAAGGGCCGCCUAAAGACAGCAUACGAAAGGCAGAAAAUGACUCUGGUUUUAUCGCUGAAAGAAGGCUGCUGGGUAAAACUGUCUCGGCCAUGA